AUGCCAGUGGAAGUCGAGAUGAACGAGAAAGUCUCAAUAAAUCUAGCCGUCACAUCCUUUGCCGUCAUUUCUGUUGAUCUACUCUCACAAUUUCGAGUCACCUCCGCCAUGAGCAAGCGGCCUCCCAACGAGGUCGAAAGUCGGCUGCAUCAGGCUGCGCUCGCCUCAUCGAAGAAAGAGCUCACAGCGAAGCAAGCAGAAUCCAUUGUACCAGACGCUACCGCACGACAGAAUGCUCUGAAUUUCCUUCUCGCUGUGGGCCUCUUCAAGGGCCUCAAAAGCUCUUCGGGCCAUGUCUCGUUCAGGGCGGUUAGCGAAGAGGAAAUCACCGCGACGAAGGGUUUGACUGGCGAGGAAAAUCUUGUUUUGGGUCAUAUCAAAAGUUCUGGAAAUGAGGGCAUUUGGACGAAGCACCUAAAGGCUAAAACAAGUCUUCAUCAAACUGUUAUCGAUCGCUGUCUGAAGACGCUGACACAAAAACGACUGAUAAAACGCGUCCAGUCAGUACAGCACAUUACACGCAAAAUUUACAUGUUGGAAGGCCUGGAACCCUCAAUCGCGCUCACGGGAGGACCGUGGUACACGGAUAACGAGCUGGACACCGAGUUUAUUCAGAAUUUGACGGAUGCAUGCUAUAAAUUGAUCAGCGACAUUAGCUUUCCUAAACGUCGCAACGGUGCCGAAGGAGUCCUUUAUCCCAUUUCUCAUGCACCGCAAUACCCGACUGCCGAGAACAUUCGAGCGUCGCUGAGGAAAGCAAGGCUUACAGAAACAGAAUUGACUGUGGAACACGUCGAAAUGCUCUUAAAUGUUCUCAUUCUAGAUGGGAAAAUAGAAAAGAUCCCUGCUUUUGGAAGUGCCCUCUGGAAUUCGGAUGCCAUCGGAGAUGGUGACGAGUCCGAAGAUGGAAAAUCAUCGCAAAAGAAAAAACGGAAAAAGAGGACAGACGACGACUCUGACCAGGACGAUUUACGCUCAAAACGCAAAAAGAAGAAACACUCCACGAGCGACGAGGAAAGCGACUCUGAUGAGGAACCUUCACGGAAGAAACGAGAACGAUCUAAAGGCAAGGUCGAAUCAGAUUCUGAUACCCAUUCCGAAGUCGAGGUGAAGAAGAAAAAGAAAAGAAAGAAAAAGAAAGAGGUUUCCUCGGAUUCGGAAGGCUCGUCAGAGGAAGAACGUUCCCGCAAGAAGAGCAAGAAAAAGAAGAAAAAGGCAGCCUCUUCAGAAAGUGAUUCAGCAUCUGAAUCUGAAUCUGAACAACGCACGAAAAAGAAGUCAUUGACGAAAUCGAUGAGGCGUUCACCAUCCCCACACGGAUUUUUUGACUUCGACACCCGCUCAGGUGGUGGCAGCGUUUAUCGCGCUUUGAAGGAGGUCAACUCGGCUUUCGGUUGGACAGAAUCACCAUGCGGUCUGUGCCCGUCAUUUGAAUUUUGCAAAGAUGGUGGCCCUGUCAAUUCUCAAGAAUGCGUGUAUUACGCGAAGUGGUUGGAAGGAGGGACAAUGUUGAACGAGGAGGAAUCAUGA